AUGCGGGGCGAGACGCUACGGGAGAGCAUCAAGCGUCACGAGCACUUCCUGGCUCUCCGGCUAGGACUGGGCCCUGGCAUGAAGGUGCUGGAUGUGGGGUGCGGCAUCGGUGGGCCGUUGAGAGAAAUCGCACUAUUCAGCGGAGCCACGGUAACGGGGCUCAACAACAACGAGUACCAGAUCUCCCGCGGCAAGGUGCUGAACAGGCGGCACCGAGCACUGGAGGCGUGCGGGUUCAUAAAGGCGGACUUCAUGAGCAUCCCCGUGCCUGACGCUUCCUUCGACGCCGUCUAUGCCAUCGAAGCCACUUGCCACGCCCCCGACGCCGUGGGGUGCUACAGCGAGGUGAAGCGAGUGCUGAAGCCAGGGCAGUGCUUUGCGGCCUACGAGUGGUGCCUCACAGAUGCCUACGACCCCAACAACCCCCAGCACCAGGAGGUCAAGAGGGAGGUGGAGCUGGGCAACGGGCUGCCAGACAUCCGCACCACGGCGCAGGUCCGCCAGGCGCUGCUGGACGCGGGCUUUGAGCUGCUGGAGGCAGCAGACCUGACGGAGACAGCGGAGGUGGCGUGGCACAAGCCGCUGGACCCCAGCUAUUUCUCGCUCUCGCAGUUCAAGCUCACCCGCCUCGGCCGCUUCCUCACCACCACCCUCGUGCAAGUGCUGGAGAGGCUGCAGAUUGCGCCAGCUGGCAGCUACCGUGUGCAGAAGUUUCUGGAGAGAGGGGCCGAUGCCCUCGUGGAGGGCGGCAAGAGAGAGAUUUUUACACCCAUGUAUUUCUUCCUCGCUCGCAAGCCUCUGUAG